UAUAAGACUGAUAUCUCUCGAAUAUAUAAAUAUCUCGAUAUAUAAAUAUCUCGAUAUAUAAAAAUCUUGAUUCGAAUGGUUCCCGUAUAUGGAGGAAAGGCGCUAGUAUACCGCCUCGGUAUACUACGCGCGUACAUAAUUUCUAAUCAAGGUGUUCCUAUUAAUAGUCGGUGGUUUGCCACAAAGAUGUCUAAAUAUCUUAAAGAGUUUCCUGACGUAGAUAUCGAUACAGGAAUAUUUAAAUAUAUGUUAUUGAAGCUUGUUGAUAAAAGCGCCAAUGACAGCAAAACAAUUGUUAGAGGUUAUAUCAGUGCAGCAUGGCACG